CCCACGAAGUAGUUGAAGCUGAAUAAAGUACCUUAGUGAAAAAAAUGAGCGGAGGAGUGGUAAAAUGGUCGAUUGAUAAAGCUGGCUCAGGUGCAGGUGAAAUUUACGAACCUUCGCCUUCGCCUACCAAUUGAUGGAGUCGUUUCUCCUGCCCGUAUAUACGAGCAACACGGGUCUAAAUUCGGAAACGAAAUCAACGCCAGAACCAGAAGCCAACGAUAUGAAAAACGAAACUGAGACGACAGAAAACCACAACAACCUGGAGGGGCCCUCAAAUUCCAUCGCUGCCAGUUCCUCUACGCCAUCAACAAAUAAAUCUACGGAGAAAACGCGUCGUCGCCCACAUCAGGAUAUGGCUGAACAACAAAUGGCCUCAGCGUUUAGCCAACUGACUAAUGCAUUAAGUCAUAGAUCUUCGGAGGUAGUCAAAGAAGAUGACGAAUGUGAUCUUUAUGCUAAGCUCCUAGCUAAAAAAAUAAGGGAACUGCCUAAAGACGAUAGGCAAUUAUUGAUGUACGAAAUAGAUCGCCUAUUUAUUAGGCGAAUUAACCGGAGGUCAUUUUCGCGUGAUACACCAUCUCCUAUUUCGAACCUUCUGAAGUGCUCAAACCUCAUAUUCAGAACCCAUCAUCUAUCAGGAUCAAAAUAUUGAAUAAUUUCAUUGUAGGUACGUGUUGUGUAUUUAAUUAAAAUUAUUUUUCAUGCUCUAAAAAUGUGUCUUGUUUUCUAAAGUGCAAACUUAGUAGACUAGUGUACUAACCUGCAUAUAAUAAAAAUAUUUAGAUACAU